AGUAAAUUCAGCUAGAGGAGAUGAAGCUUUCUCCAGUGACACUGCUCUUCAGAAGCUGUGCAGAUACAUCCAAGAUGCUUAUCCCUCUUUAAUGCAGGCAUUCCUUGUGCUUGAUGAAAAACGAGAUGGAAAGAUCACGAGAAAGGACCUUCAUUAUGUUUUACAUGACUUGGUAUUUCAAAUGAAAGAUGAAGACUUUCAGGAGUUAAUUGAGAUAAUUGAUCUAGAACAGACUGGAUACUUUGACUACCAUGAAUUUUUAGACUUGUUUGAAGAAAAAGAAUCAGUAGUGUUGGAAGAUCAUGGCAUGCCAAUGGAUGACAGUCAACUUAAUCUACUAACAGAAAAGCUAGGAUUACCAGGUGGAGGGUUGAGUUAUCUGCAUUUUGUGGCAAUACUGGAAGAUGCCAGAUUGAAUGGGCUGGGAGCUAUGUUAUGGAACAGUCCAAACCACAGAGUAAAUGAUGCUAAAUACCACUACAAGACUGCUGAAGAAUGUUUCAAUCGACUUAAUGAUAAGCUGAUGGAAAUCUACAGGGACACCUAUUCUGCCUUCCGUGAAACAGACAGUAACCAUGAUGGUAUCAUCAACAUGCGUGACUUUCGGCAGUUCUUGGACAGCUUUCUGCUGCAUCUUAGAGAUGAUGAGUUCCUAUGCCUACUUGGUUUGUUGGGAAUGAACCUGAUCUCCACAUUCAAUUACUAAGAAUUCUGUGAACUGUUCCGCACCCAAGAAACUAAGGAAAAACCUCCUCGGCUCAUGCCAUCUCACAAAAAGAACCAGAUGAUAAUGGGUGCAGAGCUGGCUUGUGAUCAUGCUCAUUACUACCUUGUUAUCAAAGCAAGAACCAGAUGGCAUGACCUAGCAAGGAAUUUUCAAGACUUUGACAGUGAAGGAAAUGGCAUUACACAGCCAAGGGACUUGAAGACAGUCUUGUAGAUUGGCAUUCCAAUCACCCCAGAAGAAUUUAAGCAGCUUUGGCCGAGGUAUGAUACAGAUGCAAAAGGAUCUUACCAAGAAUUUUUACAGAAACUGGGGAUAGAGUUUGCACACACUGACGCAGGGCUCCGCAGAUACAUCACAGAAGACAGCUAUGCAAAUUUACAAGCACAUUAUAAUAACCAACAAAAGAAGCAUUCAAAGCUGCAAGAGCAGCAGAAACAGCAAACUAAAGCUGAUGACACUGUGUACAAUAUAAAUGUAACUUUACAAAAAAAAGACUCUGAAAAGUCGAGUCUCAGAAGGGAUAAAUUUAGGGAUUACUUCCAAGAUUUCAAUAAGGCCUUUCAUAAAGAUAAAAAUAGAGGUGGCUAUGUAACAGUAUGUGACCUGCACAGGAUACUACAAGAAUUCAACUAUUACCUUGAUCACGAUCGGUUGAGCAGUCUUCUGAACAGCUUAGGAAUCAGCAUUCAUGACAGCAAGCUCUCUUAUUUUGAUUUCCUGAGAGCAAUUGAUGAUGGCAGAGCAUCUAAAUACCAACAGAGACAAAAGCAGGCUGCACCACCUGCAAGCUUUGCAGCACUCAGCUUAGAACAGACUCUAAUUAAGAUAAAAGAAAUAGUUGCAUCAUCUUAUGAUUUGUUGUACAAGGCAUUUUCUCUAUUUGAUAAAGAAGAGAUUGGGGUAAUUAAAAUACUGGAAUUUCAGCGAGUAUUUGCAUUCUGCUUUAAAUUAUCAGACAAGAAGUUGAGGCACCCUCUCAAGAGCCUUAACCUUUGUGAGGACUUCAGAGUAGACUGGAAAGUUUUCCUGAAAAACGUAAACCACCUCAUAAAGACUGAGGAAGGGCAAAAAGUCAUUCCGCCUAAAUCUUCUUGGGAGCUGUCAGAGACAGGCAUCCUCUCACAGAUACAAGAAGUAGUGACUGCUGGCUUUAACAAAAUUGCACAAGAGUUUAAAGAUAUUUACUCUUCAAAAGAUAAAACAGUAUCAAAAGAGGAGUUCUGGGAUAUAUGUAACUGACAUUUUCAGCGGCUGACUGAAGAACAAUUUGAAAAUCUUUGGAACGCAGUGGAUGUCAGCACUGGUAGACGGUUGAAGUAUCAGGACUUUUUGAAGAAGUUCAGCUCAGAACUUCUAAGAAUGCCAUCAAGCACUCCCAGAGCAACUAGUUCUACCAAGCCAGCUAGCCAUGCCGUGCAGGACCCACACGUGUCUUCUCAGCCUGAACAUCUCAAGACAUCAUCUUCUCUAGUAGGGCAAAAGAGCAUACCAGCAUCCAGUCGUUCUCAGACAAAAACUAGUUCUGCACCUGUCCUUAACUGCGAAACAAUAGAAAAUAAGGUAAGAAAGAACAUCCAACAUUCCUGGAGAGGCAUACUGAAAGUGUGCAAAGAGAAGGAUGUCAGCAAGCUAGGAGAAAUCCCAGUGUCAGACUUCCUAGGUUUGUUACCAUCUGAAAAGUCAGAUUUGGAUUUAAGUGAAGGGGAAAUUAAGCAAAUAACAACAAAAUAUGAUUUCAAGAAAAAUGGAAGAUUUGCAUACUAUGACUUCCUUCAGAGUUGUAUCUUCUUGUUAAAACCACCGGAAAGCUCACUGCUACAGAGGGUCAUUAUACAGAAACCACAAAAGCCACUGAGUCCUGGACCACAAACCACCUCGUUCUUCAGUGCAAUGUUGAGAAUUCAGCCCCAGAUCCUGCACUGCUGGAGACCAGUGAAAGAAACUUUUAAAUCCUAUGAUGAAAGUCGUACUGGACUGUUAAAUAUUGCAGAUUUCAGACAAGUUCUUCAUGAGUACAGCAUGGACCUAACUGAAGAGCAGUUAUUCAACAUUUUGGAAUACUAUGCUAAAACUUUGUCUUCAAAAAUAUCCUAUAAUGAUUUUCUCUGGGCAUUUGUUCAGUAG